AUGCAACGUGUCCCCGCCAGUGCAAGCCAAGCGGGUCUUGCAGUAGCAACAACAGCGGUCGAGCCCACCACGGUAGAGCGGCUUGAACAUGUUGGUAAGCUGCUCGCCGAAAAGAGGCCUUGGCCCGCCUUUCUUCACAUCGGAGCUCGAGCGACAGAGGAGUGGGAGGCUUGCCCCACCCUCGCCCAGGAGGCUCUGACAUGGAUGACGACGGCUGCAGUUGGGGUGCUCGACGUUGCGAGCGUAGGGCCCUUAGUGCCUGUGUGCCAGGCCUUGAAGGCGUUGAUCGAGGCCGCCGAGGGUGCAGCCGAAUGCGAGGACAAGGUACAGAGCUUGGUGUCCCAGUGCGCGUUCCUCGCCACCGUCUUGAUCCAGCACGGUCGAGCGGUGGGUGCCCUCGCCCAGGUGCACAAGCCCAUCCAAGACUUCGUCGUCACGACCAACGAGCUAGCAGGGUUCGCGGCUAGGUGGGCCAAGGACGGCAAGUGUAGAGCGUUUUUUUGCCAUCGCCCAGACCUGAGCGCCCUCGCCGGCUUCGAGGAGUGCCUCCGCGGGAUAAGGAGCGACAUCGCCUUGGUAGACGGGCUGGAGCAACACCAGUUGUUCUUGGCGGCGCUUCCCUCUUUGCGCCCCCCGAGGCUGCUGGACAUGGCCGCGGUCCCCGCAGGAGCGCUUGACUUGCCCCGCGGCUACGUGGAGCGAGCUGCGGUACAAGAAGUUGCCGACGGCCUCACCGCCCCGGAGGAGCCCCGUGCCCCCUACACCGUCGUCGGUUUGGGUGGAGGGGGGAAGAGCGUGCUGGCCUCUGCUGUCGUUCGCAAGCCCAGCGUGAGGGAACACUUCCGCGGCGGUAUUUCCUGGGUGAGAGUGGGGAGGGGCGCGAAGAAUAGCCUGCUUCCUCUCCUCCAGGGCCUCGCCAGGGAGAUGGGCGUGGCGCCGACGGAUGCUCCGCACGCGGUGCCUCAAGUUCUUGACAGCCUCGAGCAGGUGCAGCAGCACCUGGCUGCAGUCGUGGCUUCUACCGGCACCUCCCCACGCCUGGUGGUGCUGGACGAUGUAUGGGAGCGUGAGGUCGUGGACGCGCUUGUUCCUCUGGGAUUCAAGGUGCUGCUGACCACGCGUGAUUGGUCGGUUGUUGUUGUGCCGGCUAGACGUCUGGAUCUUGGAGACAUGACGGAAGAAGAGGCGCUGGAGCUUCUGCGGAAGACGAGCGGGACUGUGGGUCAGCCUGGGGACUAUGUCCGGAUGAAGAUGACCAAGGUCGUUGCGCUCUGUGGACACCUACCGUUGGUGCUCGCUAUAGCGGGUUCCAUGUCCGCCGUGAAAGGGAAGGGCUUGACCGCCGUCGCCUGGGAAGAGCUGGCCAAAUCGUUUGAGAACGUGGCAAAGAAAAUGCGAGCUCGGGGCCAGCAGUCAUCGGCUAUCAAAGUGGUCCUUGAGACCAGUUUCGACUCCUUGGCAGUACAGAAGCAAGAAGAGUUUUUGAGGAUGUCUGUGUUGGCCGCGGGUGCUCUUGCGCCGAUCGAGAUGCUGCGCAAUCUGUGGGAGAUAGAGGACGCUGAGGGUACGCGAGACGAAGCUGAGGGUCUGGUGAACAAAUGCCUUCUACACGCUGUGGGUGAUGGUGGGUACCGUGUGCACGACAUGGUCCUGGAGUUUGCAAAGACUAGCAUCAGGGCAGACGAGGAGACGGUGGAAAAGGCCACAGCACUGCAGGCCCAGUUCCUCGGGAGAUUGGACGUGCUCAAGAGUUACCGAGACCCAGAGCACGGCGCUGGAGACCGAGGAUUGUUCUUUUUGGAUUCCCUCUGGCGCUCGGUGGAGAAGCUCUCGGGGGACCCUGAGCUGGAGGUUACCACGUAUCGCGCCAGCCUCAGGGAGUUGGAGUCCUGCAAGGCGACGGAAGACAUGGCGAGCUCCUACUCAGCUGUGGGUUUUUUGUUCGAUGCCCAGAGAAAGUACAUUGAGGCCGAACCACUCCAUGAGAGGGCACAGGCCAUGCAAGAGAAGGUGCUGGGUCCAGAGCACCCUGGUGUGGCCCAGUCGCUCAACAACCGGGCGGACUUAUUGAGAGUGCAGGGUAAGUAUAACGAGGCUGAGCCUCUGUACAGGCGCUCGCUGGCUAUCGACGACAAAGUUUACGGUCGUGACCACCCUGAAGUCGCUACAGACCUCAACAACUGGGCGGGUUUGUUGAUGAACCAGGGGAAGUAUGAGGAAGCCGAGCAGCUGUAUGAGCGGUCACAGGCCAUGCGGGAGAAGGUGCUAGGUCCAGAGCACCCUGAUGUGGCCAAGUCGCUCAACAGUCGGGCAGGAGUGUUGUACGCCCAGGGAAAAUAUGCUGAGGCAGACCCUUUGUAUCUUCGAGCCAUUGAGAUUGUAGAGAAAACGCUGGGUCCUGACCACCUAGCUCUUGCCACACGGCUCAACAACCGGGCGGGGUUGUUAUCUGCCCAGGGCAAGUACGCUGAGGCCGAGCAAAUGUACGAGCGGUUACAGGCCAUCCAAGAGAAGGUUCUGGGUCCGGAGCAUCUUGAUUUGGCCACAACGCUCAACAACCGGGCGGGGCUGUUGGGCAACAUGAGGAACGGGUCCUGCGAGGACCAUUCUCAAACACCACGGACGGCCCCGGGGUUGAUCCCCAAGAUCUCUGAGCUGACCAAAUCGAUGCCCUCGAGUCAGCAGACAUCGAUGCCGAUGCUGGUAUCCCCUGAAGGUUCUGAGUGCUUUGAAAGCGUUCGUGACGACGACACACUUUCGCAACGGCCAAAUUGGAUCAACCAGCCAUACUCUGAGCACAUACCUAGCGUGCUGGAUGCGGAAAAGGCGAAGGUGGAUGCUGUCCACAGAUCUGAACAGGCUGGCUGGGGCGACGACCGCUCCGCAAGGCGCCGCUGGAUGGACGCACCGAUGCCUAUGGACGCACAGCAAUCAGCGCGGUCUAGUUGGACCAAUGAGACCGAUUCCGUGGCCGCACAAUCUGCUCAACCUGGCUGGAUGGAAACCAGAUCCGUAGAUGCACCCUCUACUCGACCUGGCUGGAUCAACGAAGAGGGAUCGGUGGGCGCACCAUCCACGCGACUUGGCUGGAAUGACGACACCGGAUCCGUAAAUGCACAGUCGGAACAACCCGGCUGGAGUAACGAAAUGGCAUCGGUAACGGACGACCCAGGGUUCAGGCGCCUUGGUUUGGUACACGAUACCGCAUCCGUGGGCGCUCAGUCGGUACGACCCGGCUGGAUCAAUGAAACCUCAUCGAGAAUGGGCGACACAGAGUUCGUCAGGUUUCAUGCUCGGCAAUCCAGCUGGUUGGCCAAGCCCGACUCCGUGGUACAUGAAUCGGAGUUAGCGCGACCUGAUCGGAUUCAAGGGGAGGCAAGGUCGCAGUCACCCGGAUGGGUCAACGGAAAAAAGGUCGUCCCUACGUCGGGGGGCCGACUGUCAGGGUGGGAUUCUCCGAAGAACACGCAGGAGGAUCACUCGGGUGGCCACGAGAUGACAAUAGGGGGACGGUCCAGCUCUGAAGGCGCUGCAAGGCCCCAGAGCGAGUUGGCGGAAUCCCCACCAACAAUUGCAAAGCGUGUGACUGGAGGGGCAGCGCAUGAUAUGUCUGGCACAGCCCAUCACGGUGAUGGUGGUAGCGACGAGGGCGGGCUGCUGGGUCUGAUCAUGGAGACCAAUAGGGAGGAAGCCAUCCGCAGGAGAACCGCGAGGUUGCGUGGGAUGGAGCGUGCUCGUCGCGUUUUCUCGUCUUCCCCGACCGAGCGGAUCCCCAAAGAGAUGGGAGACUCGCCGAAGCAGCGAGCCCCUCGACAGCCAACUGCCGAGGUGCCAGCGGCGAAGAUCGCGAUCGUACGUUCAAAGACUCUGCCCGCGCGUGAGAGCGUGUCUACGCCGACCCCGAUAGCCGUUAGAGCAAAGCGAUCGCCUACUCCUACUACUGCGCGGUCGAAUUUUGGCGAAGGUGUUGCAUCUUCGAGCCCGGCCGCAAGGCGAGACAUGCCUAGUUUGAAUGGCAAUGACAGAGCGGGGGAGCGCGGGGGGAGGGGCCGGCGAGACGGGACAAACAAGAUCCGUUCAAUACGGCGCAAUGCUAGUAGCGACAGGGCUGGUUCGAUCAAAGUAGGCGCUAAGGAGGCCAGGCGUUUUUCGUCGGGGGUUCCGCGUGUUUCUUUCGAAGGUCUCCCGCACAGUAAUUCUCCGCGGAAGAUAGGCAAGAAGGCGUCUUCCCCCGCACGGGAUCCAACGACAAGACCCCCCAUUCCGGCGGCGGCGGUGCAGCGUGGUUCCGGAGUUGCGGUGUUGCCAACGACUGAUGGCGAGGUAAGCAGCGAGCGGGAAAUGAUGAGUGGUUCCACUCCUCGAGGAAAGCCUCCUCUUCCCUCGGAAACGCCCGACAGUGCCGGCAGCGAAAAUAGCGCGCUGGGAGGAAAACCCGUCAACCCAGAAUUCCGGGGCAACAAGGGGCCACAGUCUUCUCCACGCAAGAGACCGCAGACGAUUUCCGAUCGCACCGUGAACAUGCAGCCCCCUGCGCACAAACCACGCGACACUCCGAAGCGUAGAGGCAAGUCCCGCAAGCCUGAAGAGAGUGCGGACGGCUCCUCACGCAAGUCGAAUAACGACGAAGCCCGUCCACGUAGAUACUCCGAAACGAGCAGCACGAGCAGCUCAGACAGCGCAAACCACGGCAACGGGAACACUCGACGUCGAGACCGCCUGCCGUCGUCAGAGGUGGCCCCGGAGGCAGUAGAUUUGGUGCGGGGCAGGACUUCUCUGGAUCAGCCUCCAGCUCAGCCAACCCCGGGGAGGAAGGCCUCAUCAACGAGCGUGCGUUCUGCUCCUAAACGAGAGAUCAAGAUGUGGAACAGCAAGGACCCCGCUGGUGCGGCCGCGGCAGCUUCGUCUGCUUCUGCUGCUGCGCCCGCCCUUAAACUAGCAGUAGGGCACGCGCAACGAGUGGUUCUGCCCUUGUCCAAGCAGAUAUUGCCGACAGGGCGAAGAGUCCGGGGACAGCAGCCUUUUAAGCUGGGCACGCCCAGAGAGCGCAAGACGACACGAAGCCCUUCGCGAACACGCAUGCGAAUCAAGUCUGACUUGCCGCCAUUGGAGGAAGUAGGCAUCCCCACGAGCGUGUCUACGCCGACCCCGGUAGCUGUUAAAGCAAAGCGACCGCCUACUCCUACUACUGCGCGAUCGCAUUUUGGCGAAGGUGUUACACCUUUGAGCCCGACCGGAAAGCGAGACAUGUCUAGUUUGAGUUACAAUGACAGAGCGGGGGAGCGCGGGGGGAGGGGCCGGCGAGAUGGGACAAACAAGAUCGCUUUAUUCCCGCGCGUUGCUAGUCGCACCAGGGCCGAUGCGAUCGAAGUAGGCGGCAAGGAGGUGCCGGGUCCGGAACACCCUGAUGUCGCCCAGUCGCUGAUGAUGCGGGCAGGAUCGCGUGGAAAGCAGGCCAAGUAUGAGGAAGCUGAACGGCUGUACCAACGCUCCGUCGCCAUCCGCGAGUAUUAUUUUGGCCCUGAUUACCCUGCGGUGGCGACCACACUCAACGACUGGGCGACGUUGUUGGCCAGCCAGGGAAAGUAUGCUGAGGCCAAUGCACUCUAUGAGCGGUCACAGGCCAUCCGCGAGAAGGUGCUGGGUCCGGAACACCCUGAUUUGGCCCAGCCGCUGAUGAUGCGGGCAGGCUUGCUGGGGGAGCAGGCGGAAACUCGGCGGACGGCAACUAGAAUUGAGGACGGAACAAGCGCGUUUGACACCCGAACGGACCUACAAGGCCAGGUCACUGAUCCGAUGGGCCCUCCGAUAAACCCAUUCUCGGAACCCUCGCGGGCGCAGCAGGGAGCUAGAAAGUCCGCCGAAGAGGAUGCCGACAUCAUCAGCGGGUUCGAGUCGAAAGAAUCGGCUAUCGAUUGGGGCGAGUGGGAACUACUGACGGAAACGUUGCAGGCUGGUGAGAACUACCGGUCAAGGGAUGGCGGUAUCCGCCUCAGUGUUCAGCACGGUAGCCUGAGCGGCCCUGGACCGGGUCCCGUUCGCCUUCACCUUGCAACUCAGCUUUUGAGCUGUAAGGGUCAAGACUACUUCACCACCACCAUCGUGCACUGCCCCCCAGAUCAUCGCUUCCAAGAGCCGCUGCUGCUUGACUUUUUUCUCGACGAUCCUGCCGUCCGCAACGGGAAGGGGGCUCUGAAGAAAGUCCUCAAACGCUACCAGAUUCUGCGCAUGAGUCACGGUGAACACGAAUGGCAGCCAUUGAGGCGGGAAGACAUGUUCUUGGUGGAGGAUCGCGAUUCGACAUAUCUGAGGGCGCACAUUGACCACUUUACGGUGUUCUCCUGCUGCAUGAAAUGCGACCCUACUUGCGGGAUCACGUGGUUGAACCACUCCGACAAGCAGGGGGUACUAGUGCACAACAAUUCCAACCAACAAUUGUUUUUAGUCGUGCUGCCCACGAAGUACGUGGCUGUCUGUGACAAGCGGCACGCCGUCCAACUUGCAGUAGGUGGGUCACUACCGGGUGGUGAAGGUAUCGAGGUCGGCGGGAGAUUCGAACGCAAUAAGCGCACUGAGUAUGUGUGGUUACCCCAAGGGGAAGCCCCUUCGGGCCAAGAAGUCUUGCCAUGGGCGCAAGAACAGAGGCUGAGGCUGCGAGAGGUUGGUUGCGUAGAGCGUCUACUCAUCUGCUCUUUGAGUCCAGUACGCGGAGGUCCCUUGUCGACCCAAGCAACACCCCCGUCACAAUCUAGCCCUCGGCAGAUGACCCCGGUAUCGACUGUCCCUAGCGGCGAAGGCCAGUAUCGUGUGGUGAAGUUUUAUGAAGACCCUAUUGUCAAGGGGGGCGACGGCCUUGUCAUUCAUCAGUCCCGUUUGAAUGUUCCGCCGCGGGAUGAGUGCUGUGUUCGUGCAAAAGGGGUGAACCUCAAACAUGUUGCCAUGGUUCUUGCAGGUCUGGGUGAAGGUAGCGGAGAGGAGGGGAAAGGCGCAGAGGGAAAAGACGCAGAGGAGGGAAAAGACGCAGAGGGAAAAGACGAACAAGAGAUAAAAAAGUCCAGUGCGAAUUGGUACUCCAAGCUGGUAGGGUAGGGAGCACGGGUGGUCAUGUUUUGCGCGUCGGACCUCGACAUCAUUUUCCAGUUGUUUCUCGUGGAGACUUUGUGUUUUCAUCUUUUUCGAAAGGUUCGAAAGGGAAGGUCGGCGACGCUUAUCCAGGUGGAGAGACACCAGUGUUGCAGGUUACGGUGCUCGUGUGCCGUGUCUCAUGGGUUGGUUUGGCAAUUCAUUUCGUGGUGGUGUUCAUUUCGUUGGGUCCCCAAAUUUGUUCUUUUAACUGACCGAAGGGUUGACGAUGGGGGGCUAGGUUGUGCCCCAAAUGUGAAACUUUUGCGAGGGUGCGGAAACCGUAGAGGUUAUCGGGCAAAGCAUUUCAACAGUCAAAUCCAAUGUUUUUGGUUGGACGUGCCUGCUGUCGUUCCGAAAGU